AAUGUCAUAAGAAAAACUAUUGUAACACACUGAAGAGGAACCUCAAUCAUAUGCCUAAUAAUAUUAAAAACUUAAGUUUUAAACCCCUACACCAGAAGAAUAAUAAUUUGAAGUCAAAGACUAACAAAAAGAAGAAUUAUUAAAAAAGAUCGAAAUCUUAGAAAAUAAAUUAAAAAACACAAUUGAUGACAAACCUUACAGUGAAUUAAUUAGAAUCUUAAUCUGGGAAGCUUUAGGAACAGCAUUCUUUGCUUAUGGAAUUGUAUGUUCUAGAGGAAAUGAUGUAAUGCUAAGUGUUUAUUUAUUUGGUGCAAUAUUUUUAAUUGGUAAAAUUACAGGAGGACAUGUGAAUCCAGCUGUCUCAAUGUCCUUUUAUAGUUCUAAUGAAAUUAGUGCUUUCACUAUGAGAGUAUAUUGGGCUGCUUAAGUAGGUGGUGCAAUAGCUGGAGCUUUAGCAGCAUUUGUUAUUGUUGGAAGAGUUACAUCUCCAUAUAUAGCAACUUAACCAAUUGAAUGGAUGAUUGCAGAUUUCUGUGGAGAAGUAAGACUCUAUAUAAAUUAUAUAGGCCCUUGGAACUUUUAUUUUUUGUUUAUUUAUACACAUCUAAGUUCAUCAAUAAACCUAAUUAACAGAUAAUAAUCUAAUUGGAAUAGGAAUUAUUGCCACUGCAUUAUACUUUGGAAGAAUUCUCACUUAUCACACUGGAGGUUAAUUUUACUAUUAUUAUAAAAGGGUGUUUAAAUCCAGCUAUGGGUGUAGGUUUGGGAAUCUUUGAGUCUUUGUAAGAUGGUAAUUGGGAUAGAUUAAUAAACAUAUGGAUUUACAUUUUUGGUCCUUUUUCUGGAGCUUCCUUAGCUUCUGAAUUUUAUAGAAGUGUAUAUGUAGGAUUGUUACCUAAGAAAUAAUGA